AUGGUUUCCCAGACGGAACAAUUGAUGCAUGAUUACCAGAUUGAGGUAGACAACUGGAAAGAGCAGUAUGACAGUCUUCAGCUUGAAAUGGAAGUUUUAGAAGAAAACAAAUGUACCUUAGAGCAGCAGUUGAAAAUUGUGACUUCGGAGUUGGCAGUUGAGAAAGCUUCUUCCAAUCAGGCAAGCAAGGAUAAAGAUUUCGUUGAGUCAUCAUUUGCCGAACAACUCUCCAAAGCCUCCGAAGAGAUCAGAUGCUUGAAUGCCUUGUUGAACGAAAAAGAUGUUUAUGCAGGUGAACUUGUUCAAACACUCACUCAGACCCAAGACGAUCUUCGUGUGUCUUCUGAUAAGGUCAAAUUUUUAGAGAGUUCACUUGCCCCUUUGCAAUCUUCUUAUGAUGCUGCUUUGGCUGAGAGGGAGGAGUUCAAGAGUGAAAUUGAUCAGUGGGAAAGAGAUUAUGAGGCUCUUAAGGACAAAGAUGUUGUUGAAGUGAGUUGGGCUAUUUUGAAUACGCGCCAUGAUACCCUUGUGGAGGCUAGCCAAGAGGGUUUUAACUUGGAUGCUGAGUUAGCUAAGAUAAAAGAAACCAUUGAGAAAACUCAGCAAGGCCAAAGUUUUUCUUCUCCCAUGUCCAAUACUCCCGAGCUCGUUGAAGCUGACCCUAAUGCGAUAGAUAUCCCAGCUCCUUCAGACCAAGUCGAGGCUUCUGUUGCUAAUGAUGCCAUUUUGAACCCUUCUCCUACUCCACAGUGA